CAGGGGCAGUAACGAGCCCCUUGCGGCUUCUCCUGUGGCACAUAUAAGGCGAAGAAAAACUAAAAAUAUUACUUGGAAAAGCGACACAAAGGUUUGUCCAAUGCAGUAUUGCAGUACUCGAGGUGGGGUUCAUGGAUGGAACUUCCGGGAUGUUUUGUUUUCGGGCUACGCUCCAGAUGGGGGGAUGUUCAUGCCAGAGAGUGUGCCUGUGCUGACCCCGGACACCCUAAGGAGCUGGAGGGGGCUGACCUACACCAAACUGGUGGUGGAGGUUGCCUCGCUUUUUAUUCCCAGUCAGCAGAUCCCCAGACAGGACCUGGAAGUCCUGGUGGGUGAAGCGCUGUCUAGUUUCUCAGUGCCUGAGGUGGUCAGAAUCGCUCGGUUGAACAAGGAUCUGUCAAUACUGGAGCUUUUCCAUGGAGAGACUUUGGCCUUUAAGGACCUGGCUAUGACCUGCACUGUGCAUAUUCUUGAGUACUUCGUGCGAAAAGAGAAUAGCAGAGCUACCAUUCUUGUAGGUACAUCAGGAGACACAGGUGGAUCAGCCAUCCAAAGUGUUAAAGGUUUGUCUGGGUUGGAUGUGGUGGUUGUUUACCCCCGAGAUCGCGUCACUCCAGUCCAGGAGAAACACAUGAUCACUUGUCUUGAGGAUAAUGUUCAUGUGUUUGCAGCGGAUGGCACAUCAGAUGACAUAGACCAGCGUUUGCGGCGUAUUUUUGCUGAUCAGGAGCUGGUCAAAUCUCAUGGUCUCAUGAGCCUCAACUCAGUCAACUGGUCUAGAGUCAUGAUCCAGCUUGCCCACUUCAUCUAUGCUUACCUGGAGCUCAGUGGUCUGGAGCUGGGUGAGGCUGAUGCUGCCCUACCUGAGCUGGAGGUGGUGGUGCCCACUGGAGGGGCAGGAAACAUUGCAGGUAGACUGAUUACUGCUGCAGGUAGACUGAUUACUUUACUUAAUGCUAACUCUGUGAUAUGACAGACUGGCUUGGCUGCUAAUGUGAUACAAACGUUGGCUUCUGCUGUAGACGUCCAUGACCCAUACAACUUGGAGCGAGUGUUCUGGCUGCUGCUGGACAGAGACGGAACCUCAGUGAAGAAUAUGAUGGAGGAGUUUCAACAAUUACAUAGACACACACUGCCUGAAAACCAGCGCAAACUGUUGUCACAGGUGAUAUCAACUGGAACAGUGACUGAUGAAGGGAUCCUGGAAACCAUGAGGAGAUGCUGGGAGGAAAACCAUUAUAUGCUGUGUCCUCACACAGCUGUGGCUGUUUGGCAUCACUACCAUUGUCCUCACAGCCCUGGUCUCAACAGGUGUUACGUGGCGACAGCAUCUCCAGCCAAGUUUCAGGCAGCAGUGCAGAGGGCCGGCCUGACCAUUGAUCUGCCUGAGGCGGUGCGGUCAUUGGACAAAUUAGCUACUCGUUACCAGAACCUGGAGCGGAGCCUGAAUUGGUGCAGAGACUGGGAGGAAAAACUGAGAGAGAAAAUCCAGUCUGUAGGCUCAUUCAGAAAAGGCCAGGAGACUAACAACAUCUGAUUACCGCAGAUUAUGGCAGAUGCAGUUAUAUAGGAAAAUAUGGUUUUUACAUCAGAAAUUCUGAAACUGCAUAUGAGUAAGGUCAGGUGACUCGUAUAUGAACUUACGUAGCUAUAGAAACUCAUGAUCCAGGGCGGGAUUUUAAUCCUCACAGGCCCUGGGGCACUUAACUUUUGGAGGCCCCCCACCCAACCUGCCUAGUAAGACUUUUCGGACCUAAAAUUCAGAUUAUUGGAUUGUGGACAUUAGGACCCACAGAAACCCUGUCUGGUGUCUGUCCUUUUCCUCAUACAAUUGUCCAAGAUUACACAUUAAAUAUUGUUUUUUCUUUGUGUUUUUCUUUACUUCACAAACAAAAAUCAGUUUUGUCUAUAUUAUAAACUAGAUAUAUAGAAUAAAUAAUGUGUGUACAUGAUUUGCUUGAGUUUUUUGUUUCUUUGUUUUGCUUUUACAUCCAUUGUGCUGUAAACUAAACCCCAAGUAUAAAGCAGUUUUUUUUGUUGUUGUUUGUUUAGAAAGCUGCAGGUAACAUACAUUCUGCAAGUAUUAUUUGAUUAAUCCCAAUUGUCUUGUCUCUACUCUGCAUUUUGAAAACAGGAAGUAGUCAAUGAGUCAAUCUUGAGCUAAACUAUCUUGUUUUCUUAUAUUAACUAGCAAUCCUACACUGCAAUGCUCUGCAUUUUAUCAGAGGGAAAAUCUUUAGUUCUACAGCUGUUAGUGAUGAUGGAAAAUGUUGAUGAUUAGUAAAUAGUAAGUGUCCAAAAUCUCAGUUUACUAUACUGCAUGAACUGUUCAGUGUACAUUAUAUAGGGAGUAGUGAAUGAGAUAGUGAUUUUGGAGUCAUGGGCGACAUUGAAUC